GAGUCGGCGUGGUUUAUGUGAUUCCUGUUUCCGGUUGGACUUCCACAGCGCGUCUCGACAGGAAAUUUAAAAGCUCGCCUGCAGUUCUUCUUCUCACAUUGUCAAAACGCCGGGUCACCUCAAAGUCAUCUAGCCUUCAAGCGAGAUAUAAAAGCGUAAAUAAAGACGAAAUAUGGCCUCGCACUGUCAUUUCACCGACUCCAUAACCAAGGAGGACGAAGAGCAGGAGGAAUUUGAUCGGAUGUUGAAGCGGAUCGGUGGAAAAGGGAAUAUUUAUAUAGUAGGAGACGCGGAUGGAGAAAACAACUGCAGCCUUUUCCAGGAGUUUAUCAUGGACUUGUUUCACACCGAGGUUCACAUCAAGAAGGACAAAAACGCAAACCUCGGGAACGGGAACAUAAAAUCUGCCUCUGUGAGAAACUGUCCUGUUUCUGAUGUGGCUGAAGGAAAAGACGAUAAUAACGCCGACGUGGACGAGAAACGCGUCCGACGCAAGCGCACAAUCACCGCAGCUGCAGGACGCGCGAUUCACUGCGCCGUCGUCAUCUUCAUUUUCAGACACGGUUACGUUCAAAAGAAGGCUAACCAUGUGUGUAUGGAGGAGAUCCUGAAAGAUGUAAAAGUUAGAGUGAAGAAAAACCAUGGAGGUCGUCAGGCGUUACUGGGCCUCAUUCAUGCUGAUGUUGAAAGCUCUGAGACUCGCAAGUCUGUGACUUUUUUGGAGGAGACAUUGAGAUCUGUGUUUAUAAAGCAUCCACAUGGUGCUAUAUGGACUGGACAUUUUAUUCCUAAUGCAGCAGAUGGCCUAGAGAACAUCAAGAGGAAUGUCUGCAAAGCUGUGAAUGUGUCUCAGAGCCCAGAUAACAUCUUGAGGCGUAAGCAAAAUAUUUUCUGGACGAUCUUACAGCGUUGGAUAAGGAGAGGACGUAGAGAACAAGCCGAAGUGACGACACAUGCUCAGGCACAUAUUGGUGAUCCAGAAAACACAGAGGAAGGAAUUCCUUUACAGAUGAACUCGGUCUCACAGUCCUGACUUCACAUUUACUAACAGACUGAAAAUUCCCACAUGAUCUGUGAAAUGAACAGACCUGUGAAUGACCUGUGAAAUUCCUCUGCUGCAUUUGAUUUAUCAACUGACAGGAGUGUUGAAGGAGCAUUGGUAUAUGAAGUUUACUGACAGUUGCUAAAUAAAAUUCCUAGACUUUCGAA